AUGUGUCCCAAGAGCCAGGUAAUCUUCACCUUGAGACAGGGUCGGGGCGGCCAAGGAUGUGAAGAGUGGCUUGGAGGUGAAGUCAAAAGGUCGGAGCUUGACUGGGAUCGUCGAGGUGACUGCCAAGACAUGAUACGAUGCUCCCUCGGAAAAGCUACCCCGUAA